CUUCUUUUUUCUUCGCUGCCCUUCAUUUCUUCUCCGCCCCGUUUUUUUUUGUGCACGAAUAUCGGUGGAGAAGAUUGUCGAAUACAUCGGGGUUUCUUGAUCGUGAAGGGUCGACGGUUGGGGAUCUGUUCCUGUCGACUCCUAAUAGACGAGAUCGUCUUUCAUUGUGUUUGGACUUAAAGCAUCCUUACAGAGCAGCCAGUGAAACUUGUGAAUCUUAAAGACCAAGUGUUCAUGUCUGAUCUUGACGACCAGAUCCCAGCUGCAUUCGAUCCUUUUGCUGAGGCAAAUGCUGACGACUCUGGUGCUGGCACAAAGGAGUACGUACAUAUUCGCAUCCAGCAACGAAAUGGCAGAAAGAGCUUGACAACUGUUCAAGGACUAAGGAAAGAGUUCAGCUAUAGCAAAAUCCUCAAGGACCUCAAAAAAGAGUUUUGCUGUAAUGGUACUGUGGUUCAGGACCCAGAGCUGGGCCAGGUCAUUCAACUUCAGGGCGAUCAGCGUAAGAACGUUUCCACUUUCCUUGUUCAGGCCGGCAUCGUGAAGAAGGAGCACAUCAAAAUACAUGGGUUCUGAGUAACCAAAUGCGCGAGUUGCAUCAAGACUACAUAUCUAUCCAUAUCUAUAUAUUAGGUUUGAUGAUAUUUUAUGUACUUGGAACAGUGUGAUCUGACUCUAGGGGAGGGGGGGCACAGUUUGCUGUAACUCCAGAUGGAUUGUUGCUGUGUUGGUUUGAGUUAUAAAAAGUGUCGGUUUGAGUCUCAUUCUACUGUAAGACUUCAUAGUGUUUCGUUUCUGGCCGAAUCAAAUAAAAUAUGAUAACAUGUCUCACACUGUU